CUGCUUGCAGCCUGCCCUGCCGGGAGCGUAGACCAGGGGAGGGGAGAGGGCAGCCGCGGGAAGCCCGCCCUAGCGGGGCUGCGCGCGUGUCCUGCCGCCGCUCGGCUCGCUCCACUCCGGCCGCUCUUCCUCCCGCCAGCGCCUCUCCCAUGUGCUGCCAUGCGACCUCCGGCGUCCCGCUCCGGGCUGGGCGCCUUGGCGCUAGUCCUGGUAGCCUGCGCCUCUCUCUGCACAGGUCUAACGUGCGUGUGCCAGUUGUGUGAAAAAACAAACUUCACCUGUGAAACUGAGGGCGCAUGCUGGGCUUCUGUCAUGCUAACAAAAAAUGGUAGACAAGAAGUAAUAAAGGCGUGUGUCUCCCUACCACAACUGAAAGCACAAAUCUUCUGCCACAGUUCUAAGAACAUAACCAAGACAGAAUGCUGCUAUACAGAUUUCUGCAACAACAUCACCAUUCACCUGCCCACAGGUCCAGAGGCUGCAAGGAAAUCAAAGCUGGGCCCUGUGGAACUGACAGUGGUUAUAACUGUACCAGUAUGUGUCUUGUCUAUAGCUUUAAUGCUGACUCUGUGCACACAUCAAGGCAACAACUGCAGAUUCAGGAAGAAAAGAAGACAAAACAUUGAAGAGCCUCUGUCGGAAUGCAGUCUGGUGAACCCAGGGAAGACUCUCAAAGAUCUGAUUUUUGAUAUGACGACGUCAGGUUCUGGAUCUGGCUUGCCUCUGCUUGUCCAAAGAACAAUUGCAAGAACAAUAGUUCUUCAGGAAAUAGUAGGAAAGGGUCGAUUCGGCGAAGUCUGGCGUGGAAAAUGGUGCGGAGAAGACGUGGCUGUGAAGAUCUUUUCCUCGAGAGACGAAAGGUCUUGGUUUCGUGAAGCAGAAAUCUACCAGACCAUUAUGCUGAGGCAUGAAAAUAUCUUGGGUUUUAUUGCUGCUGACAACAAGGAUAAUGGGACUUGGACUCAGCUGUGGCUUGUCUCAGAAUACCACGACCAAGGUUCUUUGUUUGACUACUUAAACAACAACACUGUAACAGCCAACGGCAUGAUCAAGAUGACAUUUUCCAUAGCGAGUGGCUUAGCCCAUCUUCACAUGGAGAUCGUUGGCACUCAAGGCAAACCAGCCAUUUCCCACAGAGAUCUGAAAUCUAAAAACAUUUUAGUCAAAAGGAAUGAAACCUGUGCCAUUGCUGACCUGGGACUGGCUGUCAAGCAUGACUCUCUGUUGAACACAAUUGACAUACCUCAGAAUUCUAGAGUGGGAACCAAGAGGUACAUGGCUCCAGAAAUACUUGAUGACACGAUGAACAUAAGUAUCUUUGAGUCCUUCAAGCGUGCAGAUAUCUACUCUCUUGGGCUGGUGUACUGGGAGAUAUCCCGAAGAUGCUCAGUUGGAGGAAUUGUUGAGGAGUACCAGUUACCUUACUAUGAUGCUGUGCCUUCUGAUCCUUCAAUAGAAGAUAUGAGAAAAGUAGUCUGUGAGCAAAAACAUAGACCAAAUAUCCCAAAUCAGUGGCAAAGCUGUGAGGCACUCAGAGUAAUGGGCCGGAUCAUGCGUGAGUGCUGGUACGCCAAUGGGGCAGCUCGACUGACAGCGCUUCGCAUUAAGAAGACCAUUUCUCAGCUCUACGUACAAGAAGAUUCCAAAGCUUAGAUUUGUACACCCCCACAGAAGAGGAAAGGGGAGGAAAUUCUGUUGGUUUGUUUGUUUUGCAUUUGUUUUGAUUUUUUCCCCUUUCUCUCUCUACCUCACAUGAUGCGGAGCACAGUAUUUAAGAGCCCAGAGUACUGGAAAUUAACUUCAUUGGUAUGUUCAAAGGUUAAUUUCCAGCUGGUUCAUGAUGUCCACAGACUGCCUUGCCUGGUUAAUGAAAAGUUACCCUCCUCCCUCUCUUUUCUGGAAAAUGGGAUCUGGUCAAUGUUCCACUGUGUGACGUCACUCUCCCUGCGCCUGCCAUGCAAGCCCUUAUGCAUCUAAGACACAACUGAGAGAACAUGGAGAAGGUCAGGAUGCAACCACACCUAGGACUUUUGUAGUCUGUGCAGAUGGUAUGCAAAGUAACUGAAGAAACUAGAGCAUUUAAGGUUUGCAUUCUAAGCGAAUCCUGAAUGUAAUAUCCUGCGUAUUUAUUCUGUGCUAAGAUAUAUUGUCUGCUCAAGCCACACUUUCCCCCCUCCCUUCAGUAAAUCUCACAAGAGGAAUAGCUUUCCAGGUCAUCUAAAGAACUGCGACUUAAGCCACAAGACCUCACAUCACAUAGACCUAGAGCUUUCUUCCUCAUGGGAUUUCAAGUGUGACUACAGGCCAGAGAGGCAUGUCUUUGAAAAUCUCCAUGGGAUCUGGAGCAUUAAUGCCCACUUGCAGGGAUACUGAGCUUCUCAAGUUCCUCCUGGUUUGCUGCAGGUUCCUUGAGCAGCAAUGAGGCCCCUCUCCAUCCAGGGCAUGACAAAUGUCUCUCCAGUGGAUUGCUACUAUGUUGGGUAGGGAUUCCUGAAAACUGAAAUGUGCUAAGUAUAUCUGUUCUAAGCUAAGGUACAUUAUGACCAUUAUGUGACUGUAGAAAAUGUUUGCGAAGGGAAGCAUAUUUCUCUAGCAUCUCCAGCUACAAUCAAGCCACACUACCUGUUGUGUUAAGCUGUGCAUUUAAGUUGUGGUGGUGGUGGUGGUGUUACAGAAAUUAGUAAAGCAGAGAGAAGGAGAAGGGGAUUUAAACCCUUUACUCCUUGCUGUGGUACCAAUUUGGAUUGCUUCCACCCAUUCCUGCAGUUUUGAUUGGUGGGGAAUAACUCGUUUUCUUCAAUAAGAAUUUCCCCCCUAUUGCAAAUUGCAGCAGCAGGGGACCCAAUCUAGAUUGGAACCAUAGGAAGGAUGUUAGCCCUCCCAUGCAGAUCUCUGCCCCCUCCAUUUCACACUGGAAAUCUGUAUCAAAAACCCUUCACUAGAAGGCACAGCUGUAGUUUGGUCCCAAGACUAUAGAAAGCGGCUGUCAGUUGGUGUGGAUUAUAUUUAGCUUUGUGGACCAAUGAUCCAACCUGAUACAAGGCCACUUUCUAUGUUCUAAACCGUGUGCUUCAAACAAGAGAGAAUCUUGGACCAAGUUCAUUGAAGCAUUUCCCACAGAAUUUUGUAAACUAGUUGGUGCAAUGUGUAUAGAAUUUGUUUCUUGUUUGGUCUUUUAUUAACCAAAUAAGAGAGGCGUUCAAUCGAACAGAUAUACUGUGAAACUUAAAGUUCUCAUUAUAUGUUGCCUUAAAAGAGGCCAUUUAUUUAAUGCUUCAAAUGCAAAUUUAUAGUUAAAUGUUAGAAACGGCAUUUUGUUACAUGUGUCCAGUUUCAUAUUCCAGAAUCUUAGCCAAGGACCACUGCUGUUGGGAUAAGCUUGGAUUGCGUGCUAUGUGGUGCCAA